GGCCGAGGCCCCGCGCGGACACGCGGACACACGCGCGGCCCGCAGAGGGGCGCGUGUUUGCAGGUGGCGGCGGGCGGCCGGGGAACCCAGGAAGGCGGCGGGGACGGACCGGCCUCUUCCCCGCUGCGGCCCAGGGGCCCGGCCCGGAGUUGGGGGCCCCUCGUGGCGUCCGGGGUCCCCGUGGGGAAGGAACUGAGUGUGGUUUCGUGCGUCGCGGGCUCCAGGACCGCCCCUCCCGGUGCCUCGUUCACCUCCCACUGCGGUGCGUUGGUCCUGGGGAAGUUGAGCGGGCCGCCGAGUGAACGGAGUCACUAGAUCACUCUGACUGGAAGUCAGCUGUCUGUCGUCACUGAAGCAGCAGCUCCUGAGUGUGAAGAAAAGAGGUCCCUGCCUGGACAGAGGAUUGUGGCCCUCCCUCUAGACCUCUCUGGACGUAUCUUCCCAGCAUCCUCUAGCAAAGAUGCGUCAGCUCAAGGGGAAGCCAAAGAAGGAGACGUCCAAGGACAAGAAGGAGCGCAAGCAGGCCAUGCAGGAGGCCCGGCAGCAGAUCACCACAGUGGUGCUGCCCACCGUGGCUGUGGUGGUGCUCCUGAUCGUAGUGUUUGUGUACGUGGCCACGCGCCCGGCCGUCACCGAGUGAGCGCUCCGUUCCAGCUCUCCUCUAGAGAUGUCUACAGUGCCGAGCUCCAAGCAGGAGUGCCCUGUCUUCUCCGGUCUUUGACUUGACUAAAAUUUCUCUACUUGUUUGGGGGAGGGAAUAGGGAACAUUUUAUCAGUGAAUGUGCCAUACACCUGAUGGUCCACUUCAUGUGCCUUUCAGACUUCAAAGCAGAGCGUGUGUGUGUGUGUGUGUGUGUGUGUGUGUGUGUGUGUGUGUGUGUCUUUUUCCCCCUGAAAUCGAUGCAUAGCUGACCUGGGGAGUGGAGGACUCUCUGGGUGAGGCUGUUGGAAUCAGCACCACCCUCCCUCCCAUUCCUGCAACAUGCUUUCCUGCUCCCAUUCACAACUACAGGGGACAGCAUUUAUUCUUUGUGCUUGAUGGGAUUUGAAAUAUGUUGACUCAAAGUGAAAUAUUUAUUUUUUGAAUAAAGGAGAUAAUAGUCUUAAA